AUGACCGUCACCGACGACCCCUGGUGGAAGAAUGCCUCCAUCUACCAGAUCUACCCCGCGAGCUUCAAAGACUCCAAUGGCGACGGACUGGGCGACCUGCCCGGCAUCCUGUCCGAGCUGGACUACAUCAAGUCUCUCGGCGUGGACGCAAUCUGGAUCUGCCCCAUGUACGACAGCCCUCAACAUGACAUGGGCUACGACAUCUCCGACUACGAGAAGGUCUACCCGCCCUAUGGCACCGUCGAGGACAUGGAGCGCAUCAUCGCCGCCAGCCACGAGCGCGGCCUGCGCGUGCUGCUCGACCUAGUCAUCAACCACACGUCGGACCAGCACGCCUGGUUCAAGGAGUCGCGCUCGUCCAAGGCCAGUCCGAAGCGCGACUGGUACGUGUGGCGGCCGGCCAAGCACGACCCGGUCACGGGCGCGCGCCUGCCGCCCAACAACUGGCGCAGCAACUUCGGCGGCAGCGCCUGGGAGUGGGACGAGCCGACCCAGGAGUACUACCUGCACCUGUUCUGCGUCGAGCAGCCCGACCUCAACUGGGAGAACGACGAGACGCGCGCCGCCAUCUACGAGUCCGCCAUGGAGUUCUGGCUGCGCAAGGGCAUCGACGGCUUCCGCGUCGACACCGUCAACAUGUACUCCAAACCGCAGCCCUUCCCCAACGCCCCCAUCGUCGACCCGCACUCGCCCUGGCAGGGCGCGGCGUCGCUCUACUGCAACGGCCCGCGGAUGCACGAGUUCCUCGCCGAGAUGCACGCCAUCCUCGCCAAGCACGGGGCCAUGACGGUCGGCGAGCUGCCGCACACGCACGACCGCGCCCACGUGCUGCGCUACGUGUCCGCCUCGGCGCGGCAGCUCGACAUGACCUUCAUGUUCGACGUCGUCGACGUCGGCUUCGGCGCCGACCAGCGCUUCGACACGACGCCGCGCGCCUGGCGGCUGCGCGACCUCAAGGACGCCGUGGCCCGCACCCAGGACCUGAUCGACGGGUCGGGCGAGGCGUGGACGACGUCGUUUAUGGAGAACCACGAUCAGGCGCGGAGCGUGUCGCGGUUCGGGUGCGAGAGGACGCGGGAGCUGCGCGAGAGGAGCGCGAAGAUGCUGGCGGCGAUGCUGGCGAGUUUGAGUGGGACGUUGUUUCUGUAUCAGGGGCAGGAGAUUGGGAUGGUGAAUGCGCCGGCGGAGUGGGGCGUCGGCGAGUACAAGGAUGUCGAUAGCAGGAAUUUUGCCAAGUGGAUGGAGGAGAGGUAUGGGGUGGAGGUGGGGCGGCCGCGGGCUAUGGCCGCGCUGCAGCAUCUUGCGCGCGAUCAUGCGAGGUUGCCGAUGCAGUGGGACGACGGGUACCAGGCGGGGUUUACGACGAGUGACGCGCCGUGGAUGCGGGUGCAUGAUAAUCAUGGGGAGGUUAAUGUGAAGAGUGAGAGUGCGCGGAAGGACUCGGUGUUGGCGUUUUGGCGGCAGAUGUUGAGGACGAGGAAGGAGUAUGCGCCGAGUUUGGUGUAUGGGACGACGGAGAUUCGGGAUUUGGAUGACGAAAAGACGUUUGUGUUUGAGAAGAGGGGGAAGGGACAGAAUGCUGUGGUGGCGCUGAACUUUACCGAGGAGGAGGUCCCCGUGGAGGUGCCUGGGAAAGAUGGAAAGAAGUUGGUGGCUGGCAAUUAUGCGGAUGAGGUCGAGGGUGUGUUGAGGCCAUUUGAAGCCAGAGUCUGGGUUGGUGCGUGA